GAAAGUUGCUCUGUCGACACAUGAGGUAGCAAAUGUUUUAAAUUGUAGUUUGUUUCUAAAUGAUAAAAUUUUGUAGCGAAAGUUAUUCAAUUUGAGUAGUUUUUGACUAUGUGUUAUUGCAAUUAUCAGUCAUAAAAUUAUUUGUCAUUGCUAAUUCAAACUAAGCUGUAAAAUUCUAAGGUAAUCGUGCUUAGAAACGGAAGUCGAUUUCUUUAAAACAUUUGUUCAAACUUGGAUUCGAAGAUUUAAGGAAUCAUUAGAUUGCAGGUGCUGACCACUGCAGUUCAUAAAAGCAAUAUUAAAAUCAAUUUUGCGACGGCAGUCUGAAAAUAAGGAUAGCAACACAUCAUAAAGCUAUUGUUGUUGGAAAAAUUGUACAUCUGGCAAGAUGGGUGAUGAACGACUAACCAAGGCUGACUUUUGCGAAUUGAUCCCGCAUUUAAGUAUAGAAGAUUUGCUCUUAAUUGAAUAUCGUAUCAUUGAUUGGAAAAAAAUGAUUACUCUUUUGAAUAUAUCCAAAAAGUUGUACCGAUGCAAUAUAUGCAUGGUGAAACAAUUUGGAGAUAAAAUUCGUUUGCAUAUGGAUGAUAGCAAUCAUAAAACAAAAAUGAAAACUGUUAAACAGUUUUAUUUGGAGGGAUACACGUACCCUAAAAAUCAUGAUAUUAAAGAAUUAAAAGUAAUGGUAACAAAUGUAAGGCCAGAAAAUAACAGUAACAAAAAUGUAAAGGUAAAAAAUCCGGUAAAUGUCAAUUCCAAAACUCGGCUUAAUGAAAAAAGUAACCUUAAAAAAGUUCCAAUACAAACUAAUAUAAAUAAAGAUUCCGGGGUCUCUGAAUCAAAUAAAGGAAAUACUAAUACUGUUGGUAAAACAUUGAGCGCAGAAACGGGUAAGGUCACAAUGGGAAAUACUAAAGAUAUUAGCAACAAACCAUUAGCUGCAAAUAAUAAAAAUGCUUUAAAAGAGAAUAGCAAUUCACAAACCGUAGAUAAUAAUAAACAAUUGUCAACACCUAACAAACAGGGAAUGAAUUUUAUAAAAAAUCCAUUCACUCAGAAGGAAGACGUUACCAUGACUGAAGAGUCAAAUGUGACUGUUGUGGAAGAUCUGACAGAAGUGAUUGUUAUUGAUGAUGAUGAUAAGUCAACAGAUACCGAAAAUAAUGGCGAAAACACUACACUUUCAGCAAAUGAUAAAAAUGUGGAAACAAAUGCAAGUAAGGAUUCAUCAAGCAAAUCGCAAAUUGUUGUUAACCCAGCAGCCUUGUUGAUUGAGAAAUCAACUGAACAAAAUAAAAAACAAAACGUGACCAAAAGUAAUAACAAUAGCAAUAAUAAACCGAACUAUCAAAAAAAUAUAGUUGUCAUACCAACAGUUUGCAAGUCGAAGCAACAACAGAAAAAGCCGAACCCUCAACAAAUUAAAGACAAACAAAAUUUUGCAGUUAAAACGUUUGGUGGUGUACCGAUUAAAAGAGAUAUAUUAGGGUUAAUAGGUGUUGAAUAUGUUAUAAAAAUUCUUAAACAUAAAGCUGAUAAUUCUCCCAGAUAUGAAUGCAGUCUGUGUGAGAUUCGUUUAUUUGGUAAUGAUAUGCAAAAUCAUUUAGCUGGUUACAAUCACCGUUUAAAAUAUAUGGAAAAGCAUUUUCCAACUGCUCUACGCCAUUUUCGCCGAUAUAUAACGAAUGUAGAAGAGCAUGAAGUAUUUAAAGUACUGGCACCUAUUCUUCAUAAAUUGGCAUAUGCUAUUGAAGAACAUCAUGGGCGAAACUUACCUCACGAAUGUUUUGAAUGGGAGUAUAAUUCAGAAAGAUCCGAAAUACAGACUAAAGUAUAUUCGUUCAGACAUGCCUCUGAACUGAUAGGUCCUUCGUUUACACAAGUUGUUGAUACCAAAGAAGUCGAUAAAUUAAUUGCUGAAAGGCACAAUUACAAGCCGCCAGCAUUACUAUGUACUCCUGAAAAAAAAAUGAAUGAUAUAAUACAUCGUCCAAACGGUAAUAUAACAACACAAACAACGUUAAUACCGGCAACUAAUUUACCAACACUUACUACUUUACCAACACCAACUGCUGCUUUAGCACCUAAUCAACCAUACAAUUAUCAACAAUAUAAUUAUCCAAAUUUUCAACAACCAAAUUUUAAUUAUAGAAAUUUCCAACAAAAUGACAUGCAUAACUAUAGUUAUAAUGCCGCACCGGCUCCACCAGUUGACGAUAGAACUUAUAACCAAUUGGUGGACAAUUUUUUAAGAGAUACUAACCGCGGUCGUCGACCAAACUUAAAGCGCAGUCGUUCAAAAUCUCCUUUAUAUGAAAAUAAACGAUUAAACUAUGGACAUGCAUAUGAAAGUGAACGUCGCAAAUCUAUUUCGCCAUUACGAAAAGAUGACAUAUGGCAAGCGUACCGACAUAUGGUAGAUAGAAAAUUAGAUGAAAUCAAUAUGUUAUAUAAGGGUUAUACCAAAGAUCCUGAAACGCAUCCUAUGUAUAAUGAAGAGUGGCAGAAAUUUUGGAAACGUCGCAGAGAUGAACUUUACGCUGCUGGAAUUAAUCAUCGUUCGUAUAAUUAUCAGCCCGAGUGGAUAGCUUAUUUUAAAACUCGUAUUACUGAACUUUAUAAUCAGUCCAUAGAAGAAGCAAAAGUAGAAUGUAGGGAAAGACUUUGUCUACCUAUGGCCAAUGAUACAUUAGAAAAUCCGAAUUACCAUAUAAAUAAUAAUGUCCAAACAUCAACGCAACCAAUAAGUAAUAAUAAACCAAAAUUACAGGAUAAUAACAAGGCCGAUCUGAAAAGAAAGGAUAGUUAUGAAAAUUCAUAUAAUUGCGAAGUUGUACCGGUUUUGCGUUUGAUGACAGCAUUAGAGGAACAUUUGGGAAGUUUGGGACCCAAAAUUAUAGAGCUAAUGUCAAAAACAUUACAAAUAGAAAAAACGAAUCCAAAGGAAGUAGACCGUAUAAUACUUACAGAGGAAAAUUGUACAAUGCUUCAAACGUGUAUGGAAAAGUUUAAAGGCAUAGUAAUUUCUGGUCUGUUAGAAGGUACAAAAGCUAAUGCUUUAAAUAAAGCAAUAAAAGAAAUAAAAAUGCUUUUAGAAUAUGCAGACAAAGAAUUUAAUAAUGAUUCAAAUGAGUUAGGGUUUGCUGAAGUAAAUAAACGUCCUACAGCCCAAGUCCAAUUAAGUAAUCCAGUCCCAGUGCCAGUUUCAGCUCCAGUAACUGGAAUGAAAAGUGCUAAUGACCUAGUCGGUAGAAGUAAUGCUCAAAUGAACACAAAAUCUUCCUUCCUUACUGAUGCCAAUGAAAAUGCAACAAAUCAAAAAAAAUCAUCUAAUGAAAUACGAUCUCCAAAUCCACAAAUACUUGCCGUAUUGGAACAAUACAAUAUAAAAGAUUUAGCUACAAAAUUUGCUGCAUCGUUAACAGCUCAAGGAAAAACCAAUUUUACACUUGACCAGUUGGAACAACUUUUAUCUGUUUAUAAAUGUAUGGAAAAGAAAAAACAUGAACAAACAAGUACGACAAGUUCAACUUUAAAUUCGGGUUCUUCAGCGGCUCAGAAAGGUGUUGAUAACACAUUGCUAUCUGAUACAUUAACUAAAUUUAUAAUUCCAUUUUCAGCCUCACAAAGGGAGAUCGUAUCCGAAAGUCAAUCUCAUUCAAAUCGUACGGAGACAAUUACUUCAAAUUAUUCUAACAAUAACAUUAGUAACCUUUUAGAACAACGUAGCAAUGUACCAACAAUAAGUAGUGGUCAAAAUAAUAAUAAUUAUUCAAAUGUCAGUAAUUUUUCCAGACUUUCAAGUGCAAACUAUAAUUCAAACGUAUCUCAAAACGAUCGCCGAAAUAAUGUUGGUACUAAUAAUGAUAAUAUUAGAAGUAUAAAUUCUACGGGUGUUCAAAAUACAAUGGGUAUACAAAAUGCGAUGGGUGUUCAAAAUACAAUAGGUGUUCAAAAUACAAUUGGUGUUCAAAAUACUAUGAAUUCAACAAAUUUAACAGUAGGAAGGAAUAUGAAUAUGAAUGCCAGUCAAAAUUACACAGGUACUAUGACCAACAACAAUAGCAAUAUGUGGAAAACUGCCCAAAAUAGCAACCGGACAGGUAAUUUUAACAACUCUAAUAACAGCGCUGGCACCCACGUUUGGAGUGCAGGUGGAACAAACUGGACUGGUUAUAACAGUGGAAACAGUAUUGUCAAUCAACAACAAAAUCGAGACACUGGUUCAACACAGUUGCAAACGCAGCAAUGGUCCACAAGUCAAAAUCAAGUUAAUCAAUCUCAAUCGAUUCAGUCUAAUCGACCCUUUCAAUCUUAUUCUGCUUCUGUAAAUCAAAAUCAGGAACAAAAUCGCAACGAUUGGCUAACUAAAUCAACAUCUGCUUCUGCAUCAACAUUUUCAUCUAAUAGAGACAGAGGACGUAAUGCACAGAUUUGGGAGAAAUCCAAUCAAACAUCUAAUCGAGGUUUUGUUGGUACUCAACUUAAAGGACAGAACCGGAAAAGAUUUUAAUUAUAAUAUUACUAGUUUUAAUUACAUAGUCUACUUAAAUUUUUAAAAUAUUUUGUCAAUAUUAGAUACGCCAAGCCGGCAAUGUUAGCCUGGUAAAGAAAUAUAGAUCUAAUAUAACAAUGUAAUAAUUACAUGAAUGCCAUUGUUUUGAAUAAAAUUAUAUUAAAAUAUUUUCUACAA